GCUUGCUCUCAAAACAAAAUUCACCACAAAUAAAAGUCUCAUUAUCACGACAAUCCCCAGCACAUACACACAAUGGAGCUACGAAACGUGCUCCUCCUCGCCGUGAGCAUGUUCACAUUGCAAGCGCAGGCGCAAUUCGGCUUCUUCGAUCAGAUGUUCGGCGGUGGUGGAGGCGGAGGCGGAGGCGGAGGUGGGCACCAGCACCAUGGGGGCCAGCAGAAGCAGAAUGUUAGGAGUGAUAGUAGUUGGUAUCAGGCGCAGUACGAAAACGCACAUUGCUCAAACUACCUCUGUCCCGGAACGCUUUCGUGCGUGCACUUCCCGCAUCACUGUCCCUGUGCGUGGGACACCGUGGAGGAUAAGGUAGAGCUCGGGGACGGCAUUGCGGUAUGUGCGUCCAAGGGCGGGUACAAGGCGGACGAUACGAUUAGGAAGAUCGAUUUGGCGAGGAAGGGGCUGCUAUGAGCGGUGCAUUGAAAAGAAGUUGGGAAUGGCUCACUUGGAGGAGGGAGAUCCAAGAGGAAUUGGUGGAAUUGGCGUUUGUGGAGAAAGGGAAUGAAUGGAAUAUAUGAUAUCACGAAGCACGAAAAGGAAAAGGAAGGAAGGAAAGCAUAGUGUUGGAAAGAAAGUCUUCUUUUAAGAGUGCGAGUAGGCUCAUGCACACGAAGAGCAACGAAUAUACCCUAUACCGACCCCGUCAUUCAUUAUACAUGAGCAUUUUGUCCCCUCAAAGCUCGAAUGAUAAACCCAAACGCCGCGCUUGAAACCC